AAGAAAAUACGUGUUGUUGUGACGGGGACCAGACGAAAACUUAAUUGUUUUUAGCUAGUUUUCAUCAUUGUUUUUAAGUAAUAUGACAUCUGUUCGACACUGAUUCCCUUGUUUUUUUUAGCUGGACUCGAAAAGUUCCGCUUUAUAAUUCCAUAAACGACAUUAGUUAACUUUUUGGGAUCCGCAGUACAUGUGCCACAGUCUGCCACUUACCAAGGUCCUUCAGUGAGAUUUGAAACGAGCGAUGUUCCAUGGGAGCUGUCGAUACUGUCGGCCUGCAGACUGAGACCUCAGGCGUUACAGGAAAUAACAAAAUCCAGCAGAAGCACAGCAUUUAUACAUCAUGGACGAGUCCACUCAUAAGACUGUUGUCCCAGUGAAGGCAGAACCAGAUGCCCCUCAGUAUCAGAAUCCUCCGCCGCCUGAAGUAAGCAAUCCUAACAAAGCAGGCAGGAUGACCAACCAGCUGCGGUUCAUGGAGAAUGUAGUGGUCAAAUCCCUGUGGCGCCACCAGUUCGCCUGGCCGUUCCUCGUCCCUGUUGAUGCCGUGAAGCUCAACUUGCCAGAUUACUACAAAAUAAUAACAUCUCCAAUGGAUCUGGGAACCAUCAAACGGCGUUUGAAGAACAACUAUUAUUGGAGCGCAAGUGAAUGUUUGCAAGACUUCAACACCAUGUUCACCAACUGCUACAUUUAUAAUAAGCCCACCGAUGACAUUGUGCUUAUGGCCCUAGCCUUGGAGAAGGUUUUCUUAUCAAAGGUUUCACAGAUGCCACAGAGAGAAGUUGAUGUUCUCCCGACAGUCUCAAGGGGGAAGGUCAAGAGGAGCAGCCACGAAGGGGACCAAGAAGAAAGCAAUGCAUCACCAAAGCAGCCAGAUAGUGACAGAAGUUCCUGCUCAUCUUUGACUCUCCAACAAUCACUAGCUGCUAAAAAGAAAACAGUGAAGAGGAAAACCAUUACCAGUCAGAGUCAAGGAUUUCAGAGGAAGAGGAACUUGCAGAUGAGCAGCCGGGCGGACAACUCAUCUGAAGGUUGUCAAGGACAGAACACGCCGCUCAAGUUCUGCAGUGACAUCCUCACGGAAAUGCUGUCAAGUAAAUAUGUUGCGUUUGCUUGGCCAUUCUACAAGCCUGUUGAUACUGAACUCCUGGAGCUUCACGACUACCAUGACAUCAUCAAGCACCCCAUGGAUCUCAGUACUGUUAAAAAGAAAAUGAGCAGAGGAGAGUACCAGGAUUCCCAAGCAUUUGCCACGGAUGUCAGGUUGAUUUUUUCUAACUGCUACAAAUACAACCCUCCAAGUCAUGAGGUUGUUUCCAUGGCCAAGAGGCUUCAGGGGGUCUUUGAGAGAAAAUUUGCAAAAGUUCCUGAUGAGCUGGCAAGAGCUGUUUCUCCUAAUGUAGGAUGCAAGGACAGAUCUGGCUCAGCUGAGCUGCAAGAGGUGAAGUAUCAAGGCCAGUUGAGCACAGACGCUUGUGCACACGGAAACAAAGAAAAGGAUAGUUCAGCAAGCCUUAAUGUUGUACACAGUUCUGUCUCAAGACAUUCCUGGAAAGAAAGCAAGGACUGCGAAACAGAUGACGAGUCACUGCAGAUGACUUACGAAGAGAAGCAUUUGCUGAGCCUCGAAAUCAACCGUCUUCCAAGCCUGGAACUGGGCCGCGUGGUGGAGAUCAUUCAGAAACGAGAGCCAACAAUGCGAAGCAGUGACCCGGAGGAGUUUGAGAUCGACUUUGAGGUCCUGAAGCCUUCAACACUACGUGAGCUGGAGUGCUACGUCAGGGCUUGUUUGAACAAAAGAUUGCAGAAGUAUCAAAAAAAAAACAGUGGAUCCCCCAGCAGCAGCGGCACUAGCACUUCCUCAGAGUCAAACUUCGGCAGCUCAGAUGAUCACAGCCCUGAAAACUGUGACUUGUGACCAACCUUCACUAAGGCAGUUAUACUUCUAUAGAUCUAGAAAUGUUUGAGUAUGACUGCAUAACUGUUGUUUUGUGCCUUGUUUCACCUGAGAGUCUUGUCACUUCACCCUAUUGUGAGAGGCUUUUCCAGGGAAACGACCUACAAAAGGAAAACACUGAACAUUUCUGGCAAUA